GCCCCCUUCUCGUAUCCUAUGUGUGUGCGCGCUUGUGUCACGGUCACCGCUUCGGGCGUGUGAUCAUGAGUGUGUGUUGUCGUCGUCGGUGUUUUUCGUGGCGUGGUCGUGCGGUGUGAGUGUGCGUGAGGCCGUAGAUGCUCAUGGCUGCAACGAGAGCGGCACCGGGAACAACGAGCGCCGGAGACCGCUGAGAUCGCCGAGGUUUUAGGCUUACGCGCACGUAGGGGCUGGACUUGCCGAGCCUUCAUUCGCCGCGCAGCAUGGGGGACAGCGGCAAGCCGACGGCGCGGCCGCCGAGCGCCCGCCCCGUGCCUAUGAAGCUGUUCGCUGCCUGGGAGGUGGACAAGACGACGCCCAACUGCAUACCCAGGCAAUGUUCGUUCACGCUGACCCGCCUGCUGUUGCUACGGCCGCUGGGUGGUGAGGUUUCUGCGAUCAGCAUCGCUGUCAAGAUGCAGAGCUCCAAGCGUACGCUGCGCUCCAAUGACAUCCAGGUGCCAAACAGUGGACUGCUGGACACGGAGCUUGACCUUUCCUUCUCCCUUCAGUACCCGCACCUGCUCAAGGGGAGCAGUGGUGGCGCCAACCAGUUGCUGGUGACACUACAGCGGCGCAAGCGGUACAAGAACCGUGCCAUGCUUGGCUACAAGACCAUCGCCACGGGUGCCAUCAACAUGGCUGAGGUGCUGCAGCGCCCGAUGGAUCGGGAGCUGGAGCUGCUCGCCUCGGAGGACACAGGAGGCGGUGGAGGGGGCGGCGCUGCUCCAACAGCUGUGGGCCGAGUCCAGCUGGACUCUCUGAGCAGCCAGCCGGUGGAACAAGAGCUCAAGGCCACUGGGCAGCACGAUGCGGAGCGGUCAGCCACAGACGAGGAGUCAUCAUCGUCGUCCAAUGAUGAGGCGAGUGACAGUGAGGCAGCGGGUGAUGAGCCGCACAACGAAGAGGCCCUGCUGCGCUGUCGCCGGCGGUCGUCGCAGAUGCGCAAGAGAAACAUCAAGCAGAAGUUCAUAGCCCUGCUGAAGAAGUUCCGGGUGCCGGACGCUGAGGCAUUUGGCACGGAUCCGGGAUUGGAGCAGGAACUGCUGGAGAAGCCCGGCCUGCAAGAGCUCCUGCUGGACGAACUGGGGCUGUCGGAGGAAGACAGCGGGGGCGGCGAGGACGACCUGAGCCUGUGCUCGUCGACGCCCAAGCCUAGUCUCAGGCCUUUCUUCUCCUCGGCCACGUUGGUGCCACUCGCCGACGACUCACGGGGUCAGGACUCGGACAGCAUACAGGACACGGACGAGGAGAGCCCGCCUGCACAGGAGGCAGCACCGCCACCACCCACGCCCCGGGAAGAUGCGGCUGGGGUUCAGCGUGUCCUGGAACAGUUGUCGCGCCUCCUGCCGCCCGAAGAGUCGGCGCUGCCCGAAAAGCUCAUCCUGGCCGAAGCGCCACUGCCGCGUCCACUGCCCACGCUGCCCGUGCUGAUCCUGGGCAGUGCCGACCUGCGUGCCGCUUUCGGUGCCCUCGUUGGGCGGCUGCAGAAGUUCUGCCACUGCAAUGCGCGGCCCCCCGGUACGAUUCGCGUCGGGGUUCUCGGAUCGGAGACCUUCCUCUCCGCGCUGGUGCGCCUCUACGUCGAGCAACUGUCGGCGAAGCCGCCCGAGUGGCAGGCCUACCUGCGGUUCUUCCCCAUGCCUGCAACCUCCAGUGGUGCAGCGAGUGGGCCCCUGCUGCGGCACCUGUGUGCCGUGGACAACUGCUACUCCUCCCAGUUCGCGGAAGGCUGGCUGGACGAGGCCGAGCAGCGGGCGGCCGACUACCUUUCCUCGGCACAUGCCACGCUGCAGCUGCCCAUAGCCGAAGCCAUGAUCAACCAUCGGCCACCCAACAGCUCAGAAGAUGAAUCCAGCCAAGUGUUCGUGCCCUUCAUCAGCGACGUCAAGAUCGGUGCUGAAGGAGGAGGGGGAAGCUCGGUGGAUGUGGAGGAAUGCCUGGGCAGCUCUCCACCAGCUGCCGAGAGCACAACACCACCGUCAUCGCCCAGUAUAGGAGGGGCUGCCGUGGCGACAGCAACCCAAAUGGCCAGCUCUGCGACAGGGGGUAGCACGUGGAGUCCAUGCGAAGCCAUGGAACUCCAGCUGGACUAUUGGACUCUGCAGCGUAAAGGGGGGGCCGAACCCUGUCGUUUCUCCCUCAAGGGGGCCUUCAGGUCACUGCAGGUCUGGCGACUGGCAGUCUCCGAGGUGCUUGGACCUUGCCUAAGCCUGAGCUAUGUCACAAGAGAGAAGAAGCAGAAAAUCAUGCGUCUGGGCAAGAAGAAAGAGGGCGAGCGGGAAGCAAGACGCUGCCAGCAAGUGGAAGGGGUGCAGCGACUCAUCUGUUCCUGCCGCAACCUCCAACCACCACUCAGAGUGUCCAUCGACGGGGUAGAGUGGACGGGCGUCAAGUUCUUCCAGCUGAGCGCCCAGUGGCAGACGCACAUCAAAUACUUUCCCAUCGGCCUCUACGUCGCCCCCGAGGCGGCUCACUGACCACCCUCCUCCUCUCCCCCCACACUCCCACCAGAUAGAUCCCGGCCCCUAUUUAUUGACUAGCCUAUUUAUUGCCCUCAGCACCCGUUAGUGUUAAUCGUUUUCCAGCCCCCCCCCCCCCACGUGAUCCUCCUAUUAUCCCAGUCUGCUGUUGUGUGUUUUGUACAGUGCUCUGGAAGCGUACGAUGCGUCAUCUCUUUGAGACCCCCCCACCCCGUGAGCAGCCGUCCAGUGUGCGAUGCUGCGAGCGGCGUAGUUCACAGUGUACACAGCGCCGUCAAUGCGGAAUCGAAGCCUGCGUCAUAGCGCAAGGCUCGAUCAGUGCUGGGGCGCUGGCGAUGUGAAGCUACGCGCAAUAGCGAUUGAAUAAAACGAUUGUGUACAUUA